UGUUGUGCCGCUCGUGUCCGUGCAGCUCGGCACGCAGCGGCCCCGGGGUGGGCAGAGGGGGCGGGAAGCGUGGCACUAUAAAGCCACCAGCCCCGGCACCACUCUCCAUCCCGCCGGUGAAGCUGGAGGAGGCUGCCGUGAGAUGAGGACCGUGGGGCUGAGCCUGGGGCUGGCGCUGCUCUGCCUGCUGCGUGCCAGGGCUGAGAACCUCGGGGUUGCAGGGCUGGACAAGAGCAAGAUUGCAGGGAAAUGGCACAUCAUUGCUCUGGCCUCCGACUCUGAGGGCUACCUCCAAAAGAAGGACAAGCUGAAGAUGGCAAUGGCCAGCGUCACGGUCCUGGGGGACAGUGACCUGAAGGUCUCCUUUGCAAUUCCCACCCCGGAGGGAUGUAAGAAAUCAGAGGCGAUCUACAAGCCGACAGGCAUCCCGGGUGAAUACUACAGCUCUGAGAGAGGCAAUAAAACAGUGCAGGUGCUGCAUACCGACGGCAAGACAUAUGCCGUUAUCCUUGCCUUCAGAGUGAAGGAUGGGAAGACCUACCGCAUGCUGAGGCUCUACAGCAGAACCCGGGAGGUGAGACCCAAAAUCACAGCGCUGUUCAAGAAGUUUGCAAGGGAGAAGGGCUUCACCGACAAGAUGAUCACGAUGCUGCCCAGCCAGGAGGAAUGCAGCCUCGAUGGAGCGUAGGAGGUGUGGACUGGCUGAUGGAUGCUCCUGCCAAGUGAUGCAAGACCUAUGCUCUGAAGCUCUAUGCUGCUGCUCCACCACCCUUCCGAGCUCAGUGGCCAAGGCUCUGACACAUCCCCUGCUCCUCCAGUGCACAAUCCCUCCUUUUUGCCAAUAAACCAACUCAUCCCAGA